CGUCGAGACCUGUUCGUCCCUCCUCCUACGCUCCAAUCAGCUAGCGAGCUACCGAGCCUGUAGUUAGCUGAAUUAUAGUUUUUUUUUUAUAGCAACAAGAAAUAAAAAGCACCAUGGCUUCUCGAGCUGGUCCAAGAGCAGAGGGCACAGAUGGCAGCGACUUUCAGCACCGGGAGCGGGUCGCCUCUCACUACCAGAUGAGUGUAGCGUUGAAGUCUGAAAUCCGUAAACUCAACAUUGUUCAUCUGCUGCUCUGGGCGCUGAUGGCUGCUCAGGUGACUGUGAGCCAACUGAGUCUCGUCUCUCACAAAGUGGUAGCCUCUCCAUACCAGUGGGAGUACCCCUACCUCCUGAGCAUAGUCCCUACAGUCUUCAGCUUCCUGGCGUUGCCUCGUAACAAUAUCAGCUACCUGGUCAUCUCCAUGAUCAGCGCCGGGCUCUUCUGCGUGGCGCCGCUCAUCUACGGCGGCAUGGAGAUGUUCCCCGUGGCGCAGCAGCUUUACCGCCACGGCAAAGCGUACCGCUUCAUUUUCGGCUUCUCCGCCGUGUCGGUGAUGUACCUCGUGAUCAUCAUCGCUGUGCAAGUGCACGCCUGGCAGAUUUAUUACAGCAAGAAGCUGCUGGACCAGUGGUUCACCAGCACACAGGAGAAGAAGAAGAAAUAAACUCGCAUGACGUAGCAGUUUGGACAAAGAGAGCUGUCUGAACCAGCUGAGAGAAAACUUUUUCUAUAUUUAUAUUCGUCAGUGAUGAUUUCAUGGUUUGGACAGUUACGGUUGCCUUCGCUCUGUACGCGAGUUUUCCUUCCAUUUCAUCAUGAAUGGCUAUGUUUUGGUUUGAGCCUCAUAUGUUUUGGGUGCAAACUGUAAACUGAGCAAGGAAACGGGAACGACUGAGAUUUACGUGUAUCAAAUUAAAUUCAGAAUCAAU